AUGGGCAGUGGGGUCCGGGCGCUGAUGCGCCGGAAGCAGGUGGACUCGGAGCGGACGCGCGCCGCCGGCAGCGCCCACCAGCUCCGCAAGGAGCUCUCCGUCACCCAGCUCGUCGCCAUCGGUGUUGGGUCGACAAUUGGAGCCGGGGUGUACGUCCUAGUUGGGACAGUUGCCCGGGAGCAUUCUGGGCCGGCAUUGACGCUUUCAUUUCUGAUAGCUGGAAUAGCAGCUGCGCUUUCAGCCUUCUGCUAUGCAGAGCUUGCUAGCCGUUGCCCUUCUGCAGGAAGUGCCUACCAUUAUUCGUACAUCUGCGUUGGCGAAGGAGUUGCAUGGUUGAUUGGUUGGGCUUUGAUACUUGAAUAUACGAUUGGUGGAUCAGCUGUUGCCCGUGGCAUAUCUCCCAAUCUAGCCAUAUUUUUUGGAGGACAGGAUAGUCUGCCGUGGAUUUUAGCACGGCAUGAGAUCCCAUGGCUUGAUGUUGUUGUUGAUCCUUGUGCUGCUUUCCUGGUUUUCGUUGUCACAGGUCUGCUAUGUGUCGGGAUAAAAGAGAGUUCAUUUGUGCAAGGAGUUGUGACAGUCCUAAAUUGCUUUGUGAUGUUAUUUGUUAUCAUAGCCGGUAGUUACGUCGGCUUCCAAACAGGAUGGGUUGGCUACAAGGUUGCUGGAGGAUUUUUCCCUUAUGGAGCGAAUGGAAUGCUUGCCGGGUCAGCAACUGUCUUCUUUGCCUACAUAGGCUUUGAUUCAGUUGCCAGCACUGCUGAGGAGGUGAAGAAUCCACAACGAGAUCUGCCAUUGGGAAUCGGAACAGCAUUGUCAAUUUGCUGUACCUUGUACAUGUUGGUUUCAGUAGUUAUUGUUGGUCUGGUACCAUACUUUGCUAUGGACCCAGACACCCCUAUUUCAUCUGCCUUUGCCAAACAUGGGAUGCACUGGGCAAUGUAUCUUGUAACAACUGGUGCUGUUCUUGCUCUCUGUUCAACCUUGAUGGGAUCUAUAUUGCCACAGCCAAGAAUAUUGAUGGCCAUGGCACGAGAUGGCCUUUUACCAUCAUUCUUCUCUGAUGUCCACAAGACGUCACAAGUUCCAGUCAAAAGCACAAUAGUGACUGGCAUCUGCGCUGCUGCUCUUGCUUUCUUCAUGGAUGUCUCACAACUGGCUGGAAUGGUUAGUGUAGGCACACUACUCGCUUUCACUGUAGUUGCUGUGUCCAUCUUGAUUCUUAGGUAUGUUCCUCCAGAUGAGGUACCCCUCCCAUCUUCCCUGCAAGCAUCAUUGCGCUUGAGCCAAGAAAAUGACGAGGAAAAGCUGAGGGGUACCCUUGGAGACGAUGAUCAUGAACAAGGGUCAGCUGAAAUAAGUGAUGUUGUAGUAGAAUCAAUUAAUGACCCCCUCAUUGAGAAGCAGCUGUACGCAAGCAAUUUGAAUGAGACAAAACGGCGUAGGACUGCUGCAUGCAGCAUUGCAUCUGUCUGCAUAGGGGUUCUGAUCCUCACAACUUCAGCUUCAGCGACAUUCUUGCCCUUCUUGGUGAGAUGCUUCGUUUGUGCUUUUGGUGGCCUGCUCCUCCUAGCUGGUCUGGGCAUGCUCUGCUGGAUUGACCAAGAUGAUGGGAGGCACUCCUUUGGCCAUUCCGGAGGAUUCAUCUGUCCAUUCGUUCCCUUGCUGCCAGUAAUGUGUAUCCUCAUAAAUACAUACUUGUUAAUAAAUCUUGGUGGCGGCACAUGGAUGCGAGUGGGGGUGUGGCUGGUGAUGGGGGUGUUCGUCUACAUUUUCUAUGGCCGCACCCACAGCUCAUUGACAGAUGUCGUGUAUGUCCCUGUGGCUGAGGCGAAUGAGAUAUAUGGGCAAUCCUCUUCAUCAGGGUUUGUGGCGUAA